CAAUAUGGAAUGGAGAUUGGUCGAUUUGCUUUUCGUUGUUUUCGUUUCGAUAAACAAACAGCUGUUUUUGUGGAAAUAUAGCAUAAUCUUUGCCUUAUAGCAAUAUGAAUGAAGAAAUUGACGAAUUUGAAAUUUACCAUCAAGAUUUCACAACUGCUUCAGAGUGGGAAGUGUUUAUUGCACGAAUAGAAGAGAUACUAAACGAGUGGUCACUCGCCAAAUCAAAAAUCUGCCUAAAUUCAGAAUGUCAGAGUACAAAAUGGGUCAGUAAAUGCGAAGAUAUCAAGUUCCAUGGUCUGAAUUUCAAACUUUCAUAUCACACGCUAGAUUCUACUGAAAGUAAAACCGAUGACAAUGAUAACAAGUCUUUGUUAGAAGAUUUACAAAAUGGUAUUUGGGCAUCAACUGCAAACUUCAUCGAUGAAGUGGACGGCGGCAGUGCUUUCCCCGUUUCUACAUGGUUCGGGCUUAAACGUUACGUGAUGCUGUCUCCAAGUGAGCCCCUUGUUGAUGGUAGCCUUAUAAAAUUAGUACUGAGUUCAGCAAACAUUGCCUUUGCCAAUGUAGAUUGUGGAGCGCCUUUCUUCAUUAAAGUUAGAGAACAUUGGCAACAGUGUUAUUUGGGUUUCUAUGAGGACAGCGAACAUAAGACUAGUUUUGAUACAAUACACCUGAAGCGCAUCUCUAAUCAGUGUUCUCACCUCAGUGGCCUUGUUAGUUUGUUUAAAUCCAAGAUUGCUUCGCCAGUUGCCCUCGGUGCUGUUAUAGUGUCAGCUAAAUUUUCUUAUGAAUUGAAGGAUGUGGAUGCAUUUGCCUGGACUCGCACUACACAUUCAAAUGAGUUCUUAUCUAUUGAUGGCUUUGAUGUUAAGAAGUUAAUAGAACUGCCUUUUGGUUCGGAAAAAAAUCCUAUCUACAGUGCACUGUUAAAUGCUAUCUGGCCAAAGUUCCUAGAGAGCUCUAUUGUUGAUUGUUCCACAUUUUCUGACAUAGACCCUAUAAUGGCCCCUACAUGGACUAUUACUUUGAAAUUGAGAGACAAUCUAACAUGCCAGUUGUCCGAAACAAUUGAUAAAAUGAUGAACUUACUGGAUAAAAAUAAUUUGUUAAUGGAUACUCUGGGCCUUAGUCGGAGUCUGGGGCUAGUGAACCCUUUGCACAAGAUCACGGAGGCUCCCAUCACAAUAUCAAAACUGGUGAAAGCAGCAAUAGGCCAGGGCACCAAUAUACAAGAGUUCAAAGGGCCCAUUGCAGAUGACUUGCUCAUGUCACUUCUAUAUUACAUUUUUCCUGAUGCGGUGGAGGAUGAUGCAUUUAACUACCCAGAAAAAUUAGAAAUAGAAAUGAAGGGUGAAGGUGGGGAGUCUAAGUUACUGGGGUAUUUAAAGACCUCGCCCCGCAAUGGGCUUGUAUGGCGGUUGUCAGUGGCGGCGGCGCGCCUCCUGGACGCCGGGGGCCUGCCUUACCUCGCGCACCUGUGGUACGAGUUCACGCAGGAACUGCAGUACCGCUGGGAGCGUCGCAUUCUCGUUCCAGGAAUUGCCGAGGGGAUUCCGAACGCAAGAACAUGUUUGCUUCAUCAAAAGCUGCAGUUGUUGAACUGCUGCAUCCAGCGCUCGCAAGAGUCAGGCGGGGCACCCGGCAACUCCUCCGAGGACGAGUUCUAUGACUGUUCGGAGGGCGAGGGUGCCGACUCACAGUUACCUUGGGACCGUCCAGUUGGCAGGCUCAAGCGCCUUGAAGACGCCACCCUCAAGAAUGGAGCGCCUCUCUAUAUUCCUCGCACUCAGGACCCGGCUCCAAAGACAGAAGACCAGCUGGAGGAAGAUGCCGAGCUGAUGGUGCGGCUUGGCGACGACGCGCGCGCCUCCGAGCUGCGGGCGCGCAUGAUGAGCGCCUCGCUGCUCUCCGACAUGGAGGCCUUCAAGGCGGCCAACCCCGGCGCCGAACUCUGCGACUUCGUGCACUGGUACUCGCCGCGCGACUGGCGGCCUGACGGAGGCGGCGCGCUCGGCGACCGCAUGCUGUUGCCCGGCAACCCCUGGGUGGAAGCCUGGGGAGUCGCGCGUCCGGUGCCUGCCGCGCGCCAGCGUCGCCUCUUCGACGAAACUCGCGAGGCGGAGCAGGUUCUUCACUUCCUGCGCUCGCGAACCGUCAGCGGUGCCGCGGAGCUUCUUUUACCGGCAAUUUUGCGAGCGGGUGCCGUUAAAGCCCAGGCCGAAGGGGUCACCGCGGUCAGCGCGGCGGUGGGCGGGGUCGAUCAGAGGGGGUCCUUCGACAUAGCCGCGCGGGAACUUUACGAUGCGGAAAGGGAAGCGUGUCGGUCUAUCUGUGUCCGCACCGUGCUCGGUGACAGCGCGGAAGACCGGCCGCUCGACUCCGCGGGCAGGAGCCGGAUCCUGGUCGCCGUGGGGGGCAGCCUGCCGGCGCCCGCGCGGCGCGAGUUCACGCUGCGCGUGCGCGACGACGUGGCGCCGCAGGUCAUGCGCGCCGCCCUCUCCACCGACAUGUUCAUCAUCGGCGCUUUCACAGAACGCAUUGUGUGCUUGUAGCGAUA